ACACCAUUUCAGCUCUCUAAAGAUUUGCAGAUUACAGAUUCUUCAUUCUCUCUCUAUAUGUAUAUUCGCCAUGGCUAACCAUUGGCUUCAACAAUCCAUCCAACAGCAACAUCAUCAGCAUCUGGUUCAUCAAUCAGAAACUUUCAAAAACUUAUACAACACAAACAGCGGUCAGAUUUCCCCUCCUGUCGCGUACUUCAGCGGAAAUGAUCUCCCUGAUCAAUCUCAACAUCCUCCUUACAUCCCUCAAUUUCAUGUCGCUGGUUUAGCUCCUUAUCCUGUGCCUGGAUCAGAUGGAAGCGAUGGAGUUCCAUGGAAUUAUGGGUUUGAGCCGAGAAAGAAGAGAUUGAAAGAGCAGGAUUUCUUUGAGAAUAAUUCCCAGAUUUUACCGGUUGAUUUCUUUCAGACACGAUCAGUGUCAACUGGGUUAGGUUUGUCUUUGGAUAAUGGUCGAUUGGGUUCAUCUGGUGAUUCAUCAUUUCGUGGUAUUAUUCGUAAUGAGAUUGAUAGUCAGUUGCUCAAACAUAAUGCUGACAUUGAUCAAUAUCUCAGAGUUCAGGUUGAGCAAUUGAGGCAAGAAAUACUAGAAAAGGUUGAGACAAACCAGAUGCGUACAAUCUCAUAUGUCGAACAAAAGGUUAUUGAGAAACUGAGAGUAAAAGAAGACGAAGUUGAAAACAUCAAUAAGAUGAAUAUGAAGCUUGAGCAUCAAAUUGAACAGUUUGCUGUUGAAGCUCAUAUGUGGCAGCAAAGGUCUGAGUACACCGAAAACAUGAUUAAUGAACUCGGGUUCAGUCUCGAACAGAUUAAUGCACGAACAGGAGGAGAUAGUAAAGAAGGCUGCGGAGACAGUGAAGUUGACGACACUGCUUCUUGCUACAACGACCAAACGAGGCCUACAACGACGGUGACGUGUAAAAUCUGUAAAGCAAAAGGAGUGUGCAUGUUAUUGCUGCCUUGUAAACAUCUUUGCCUUUGUAAAGACUGCGAAAAUGGAAUUAGGGUUUGCCCCAUUUGUCAAUCGUUGAAGAUUAUGAGCCUCGAAGUCUUUGUGUAGCAGUGCUCUUGGUAAGACUAUGUCACAUAUAAAUUUGUAGACAAGUUUAUUAUUAUUAUCUCACUGUCAGUCGUCAUGAUCCCCACUUCAAACAUGGUGCUUUCAGAGAGAAUCGAAUUUGAAGAGGAUUUAGAUUGUUAGAAUAGUUUAAAAAAAAACAUAAAAUUUCUGCAGCAAUCAUAUUUGCUUUCUAGGAACUCUUUGGUUAUUAGAUUAUGUGGAUUUGAUAUUAUUUAAAUAAGUUAUUUGAUUCUUAAGAGAGUUUAGACUUGUAUAUACAUGUUAUAGUUUAUACAAGUCUCUGAAAACUCAUAUGCAAGAUGUUCAGAGAUAUGGAUUCAGACUUUGUAUUAUUAUGUGGUCAAAUAUUGAGCCCAUUUGUAUAUUAUGAUUUUGUUUAUGUAAA